UAUUAGUUUAGCUUACGUCAGUCAUUUUCUUAGUCACUGGUUCGGCCCCUAUUUAAUUGGUACUAUGGACUAUUUAAGCUACGUCAUCUCAAUUGUGAAGCGUUUCAAUUUGCCGGCCAUUACGGCAUCCACAUCGUUAUUCAUAGAUCCAUACGGAAUCGAAAUUUUCCUAACCGCCAUACCGUGUCUGAUUAACAUGUUCAUGUUGGGGGAAAUGUUGAGAUUAUGGAUGGUAAUCAGAGAUAUGAACGGUAAACAGCGAUUACUAAUCCAACAGCGACGUCGCCAUGAUCCACACGAGUCGGCGCAAGAAGAACGGCCUCCGAGAGAAAGCUCCUCCGGCAUCGAGUUAGUAAGAGUCAGGUCCAUGCAGCGGGGAAGUCUUAGCAGAUUCAACGAUUUAUGGCGCGACACGAAAGAAAGAGUCGAUCAAUUGCUGAACAUGUCGGCCAGUCAGUACUUGCUCCAAGGAAUGGAAUGCCACGAUCCAAACGACUUCGCCCACAAAUACAACUGGGGCGAACUGAUAGCGUACGUGGACGCGCUACGAAGACGCACUCGGGAACGUAACAGUCGCAGUAAUACUGCGGAAGCGGAGGCGGCCAGGAGAAGAAUGAGGGAGUAUUUGAACACCAGACACUUGCAGGACGAGGAUUAUAACAGGGUGUGGGCUUAUUACACUCGUCAGGUGGACCUGCCCGAGUUACCAAGCGACAUACUACCGUCAAACAGCCAGGUUGAUGAUGAGAUGCCUCAAAUGCAGAACUGAUCGGGAGGAUCCGAACCAGAUUCCAUUUUUAAUUAGAAAUUUUCAGUGUUUGAACAUAUCUUCAACAUAGUACCAAAUAAAAUCAGUAAAAUCAA